UCAAUUCACCUAAUGUUAGUUAUUCGGACACACACAUUAUAUCAAGUUGUGUAUAUAAUAGUUCUAUUGUCAGUAAAAAUAAUGGAGUUAGCAUGAUAACACCAACGGAAACAAAAUACACCUUUAAAACAGAAUUAAAGCUAAUGAUGGUUGGAUGGGGAGGCAAUAACGGUUCAACAUUGACUGCUAGUAUUAUUGCCAAUCGUCGAAAUAUUAAAUGGAAAACUAAGGACGGAACGCAAUCGCCCAAUUAUUUUGGUUCACUUGUUCAAUCCUCAACUCUUAAGCUUGGUGUUGAUGAAAAAGGCAAUGAUGUUUAUGUUCCUUUUAAUAAAAUACUUCCGAUGGUAAACCCCAAUGAUUUGGUCAUAGGCGGCUGGGACAUUAACUCUUGUAAUCUUGCUAAAGCAAUGGAACAUGCAAAAGUACUUGAUUAUGACCUUCAGCGCCAAUUAGCUCCUGAAUUAGAAAAAUUUAAACCGCUACCUUCAAUUUAUUAUCCUGAUUUCAUAGCUGCAAAUCAGAGCGACAGAGCCAAUAAUCUUAUUUCUGGAAACGAUAAGAAACAACAUCUUGAACAUAUUCGUAAUGAUAUUAGAAAAUUCAAAUCAGAUAACCAGCUUGAUAAAGUGAUUGUGGUUUGGACCGCAAAUACAGAGUGUUUUUCCUCAAUUAUUCCUGGCGUUAAUGACACCGCUGCAAAUCUAAUUGAAGCUGUUAGACAGAACCAUUCUGAAAUAGCUCCAUCAACAAUCUUUGCAUUAGCUUGUAUUCUAGAGAAAACACCGUUCAUAAAUGGCUCGCCACAAAAUACAUUUGUACCAG